UCUGAACUCCCGCCAGGUGUCACCCGCCUCUUGAGCCCUACAGCUGAGAGAACAGGUCUAACAGCCCGAUCAGAUCCUACUCAUCCACUGCGCCGCCGCUCGGGGAAAGGUCACUCAAGAUGGCGGCGCUGACUGUGCUGAGGAGGUCGGCUCCCGCCCGGCUCCUAUCAGGUUCUUUGUGUGUCCAUAGCAGGGUUCUGGCACCAUGGAGGCAGCAUCAAAGUAACCGGCAUUUCAGUAAUGAUAAGAUCCUGGUGGAGAUGGAUGAAUCUACUGGGGUGGCAGUCAUGAAAAUGAAAAAUCCUCCCGUGAACAGCCUUAGCUUGGAGCUCCUGACAGAAUUCUCUAUUGGCCUGGAAAAGCUGGAGAUCGACCGAGGCUGCCGGGGGCUGAUCCUGACCUCCGCUUCUCCGAAGGUUUUUUCUGCUGGGCUGGACAUCACAGAGAUGUAUGGAAAGAGCGCUGAGCACUAUGCAGCUUUCUGGAGAGCCGUGCAGGAAAUGUGGCUGAAACUGUUCGGAUCCAAUAUGGUGACAAUCGCAGCUAUCAAUGGUUCCAGUCCCGCUGGCGGGUGCCUUAUGGCCAUGUGCUGUGAUUACAGGAUCAUGGCGGACAGCCCAAAGUAUGCCAUUGGCCUGAAUGAGACGCAGCUGGGCAUAGUUGCUCCCUUCUGGUUCAAGGACACGAUGACACACAUCGUAGGGAGCCGUGUGACAGAGCAAUCCCUCCAGCUGGGACAAAUGUAUCCUGCCCCCGCUGCUCUUAAAAUCGGUCUUGUGGAUCAGUUGGUUACAGAGGAUAAAGUACAGAGCACAGCAGCAGCCGUCAUGGCUCAAUGGCUGGCUGUCCCAGAUCACGCCCGUCAGAUCACCAAGUCUAUGAUACGUAAGCCUAUCGUAGACCGGCUAGUCAAACAGCGAGAGGCUGAUAUCGAUAAUUUCGUCGGCUUCAUCUCCAAGGAAUCCAUCCAGAAGUCUUUGCAGGUCUAUAUGGAUAGGUUGAAGCAGAAGAAGCAAUAACAUGCCAAGUAAAUGUUGAAAUAUAUAUGAAAGCCAUAAACUACUGUAAAUCACAAAGCCUAUAAUAUUAAAGAAGAUGGGACUUGGACUUGUAUGGUGAUCUGGAGGAAGCUCUGACGAGCGUGUCUUUACAGCUGCCUUUGUAUAUUCUCAGCGUUCUUCCUAAUCUUUCUGCAGGGGUAUUGCAGGGUAGCUAUGUUUUUGUAUAGAUUUUUUUUCCUAAUCAGAUGGUAUUUGAAAUUCAAUCCAUGUUUUCUCUUUACCAACCUAAUAAAAUAUUUUGUGAAGAAACUUGGA